GUUCCAAUUAAAUCAUAAAGAUCCAACUCCUGGCUGGAUGAGUGAGUAAAAUCAUCCGACUUGUCAUUGAUGACCCCAACUUACUGCCUCUGAGUCGUCCAUCCAUUUGACCGAGACUCAGUUAAGUCUAACCCAACGUGCGACAGCGACCACGCUAUGGCGGUUCCCGUAACCAGCUUAACAUACACCGUACUAUGCUCUGCUGAGGCUGAGUACAUGACAGUGCACAUUAGCUGGAUAGGUGCCGGGCGUCAGAAGGCAACAGACUUAAUAUUCGUGAGGGAUUUAUAAUUUCGAUCUCACCAAUCGACAUGGCCGCGCACAUGUCCAUUACUAGCGUUCAACAUACAUUCAACAUGCAUUCACAAAACGCAGUAAAUAAACGUGUAAUGAUUGUGGCCCCUAAAAGAAAAAUAAAACGAUAGCUCCCACUGGCUUCCGGUCACUUGGACUUCGGGCUAUUUCCAUUCUUUUAGAUUUCUCCAAACGGUCUUCAAAUUUUUUCGUCUUCAAACCACCACGUGAGAAAAGAAUCCUCGGUUGAGAGUCUGUGCAAAUCGCCGGCGUAAAAUUGUUUUCCAAAUAAAAAUACUCCGUAAAAAAGAUGCCGCCAAAGCCCUCCCCUGCAGCCGCCGCCGCCAAACACCACAAACCUUACUUCUUUUAUGGUCAUCGGAAGCCCACCCAGAACCGGCCCACCGUCCGCGGCGGCCUCUUCUCAAACCGCUUAACCAUUAAUCCCGCCGCAAAGACUCAGCCGGCUCCAUAUGAUGAUUCACUCGACUUUGACCUCCAGAAUUGGGACCCGGAUUCGAAUUCCCGACCCGCCAGAGACCCAUCUCGUGAAUUCUUCUCCGAGGCGAAAAAUCUCUCCCCCAUUGCUAGGUAUAUCGUCGACUCCUUCAGAAAGCACGGCCGGUGGGAUACGCAGGUCGUCGGAGACCUCAAUCGGCUCCGGCGGGUCACUCCCAAACUCGUUGCCGAGGUUCUGAAGAUCCAGAAUAUCGACCCGAAGCUUUCCACCAAGUUCUUCUACUGGGCUGGAAAGCAAAAGGGUUACAGGCACGAUUUUGCUUGUUACAAUGCGCUUGCCUAUUCUUUGAAUAGAACCAAUCAAUUUCGCGCUGCGGAUCAGGUACCCGAGUUAAUGCAAAUGCAGGGGAAACCACCUACUGAGAAACAAUUUGAAAUUUUAAUUAGAAUGCACUGCGAUGCGAAUCGGGGUCUUCGAGUUUACCAUGUGUAUGAGAAAAUGAUGAAAUUCAACAUCAAACCGAGAGUGUUUCUCUAUAAUAGGAUAAUGGAUGCCUUGGUCAAAACAAACCAUUUGGAUUUAGCGUUGUCUGUUUAUGAUGAUUUCAAAAAGAGUGGAUUAUUGGAGGAGAGUGUUACAUUUAUGGUACUGAUUAAGGGUUUAUGCAAGUCCGGGCGAGUCGAUGAUGCAAUUGAGCUUUUGGGUCGAAUGAGGAAGAAUCUGUGCAAACCAGAUGUGUUUGCUUAUACUGCAAUGGUGAAAGUGCUUGUUUCGGAGGGGAAUCUUGAUGGGUGUUCUAGGGUAUGGGAAGAGAUGGUGAAGGACAGGAUUGAACCCGAUGUCAUGGCUUAUGGGACAUUCAUCACAGCGUUGUGCAAAGGAAAUCGAUUGGAGAAAGGGUAUGAGUUGUUUGAGGAGAUGAAGGAGAAGAGACAUUUGAUUGAUAGGGACAUAUACAGAUCUCUGAUUGAAGCAUUUGUCAUUAAUGGGAAGGUCGGUUCUGCAUGUGACUUGCUCAAGGAUUUGAUUACUUCUGGUUAUAGGGCUGAUUUAGCUAUAUAUAACUGUCUCAUUGAAGGUCUAUGCAAGCAUCAACGAGUCGAUAGGGCUUAUAAACUCUUCAAAGUCACAGUUCAAGAAGAUCUCCAACCUGACUUCAUCACAGUGAACCCCAUACUGCUGUCUUAUGCAGAAACAAAAAGAACGGAGGACUUCACAGGUUUGCUUGAUCAAUUGCAGAAACUGGGUAUCUGCGUUAGAGAUGAUAUAUCCAAAUUCUUUUCUGUUAUGGUGAAAAGUUCCAACAGGAUAAUGCGAGCUUGGGAAAUCUUCAAUGAGUUAAAACUCAGGUAUCACUGCGGUGUUCAAUGCUAUAACAUCCUCAUGGAGGCACUACACAGUAUAAGGAAAGCGGAGAAGGCUCUAGAACUUUUUCAAGAAUUAAAUGAUAAAAAACUCCAAUGUGAUUCAUCGACCUAUAGCAUUGCAAUUCAAUGCUUUGUUGAGAUUGAUGGUGUAGAGGAGGCGUGCAAGUGGUAUAACCGGACAAGAGAGAUGUCAUUGGUUCCUUCAACUAUGGCGUACUAUUCACUUGUCAAGAAACUAUGUAAUGUAGGAGAGAUUGAUGCUGCUAUGAUGCUAAUACGCGACUGCUUAGGGAAUGUCACAAGCGGGCCCAUGGAAUUCAAAUACACGCUGAUGAUCAUCCAUGUCAGCAAGUCCAAUGAUGCUGAAAAGGUGGUCGAAGUUAUAGACGAAAUGAUCGAGCAGAACUGUCCUCCUAAUGACAUCAUAUAUUGUGCUGUUAUUUGCGGGAUGUGUAUGCACGGAACAAUUGAAGAAGCAAGGAAAGUCUUUUCUGUUAUGAAGGGGCGCGGACUUCUAAGCGAAAGGGAGGUUGUUGUCUAUGAUGAGUUACUCAUUGAGCAAACGAAAAAGAAGACAGCUGAUUUGGUGUUAUGUGGGCUGAAGUUUUUUGCUUUGGAAAAGAGGUUGAAAGAUAAAGGCUGUAAAAUAUUGCUGGAUUGAAAACACACCAAAGCAAGAAUGUAAAUUAGUAAUUUUGGGGGAGUGUCCAACCAUAAGGUGUCAAACCUUACAACCACAACCACAACAACAACAACAAAUCCAGUAGAAUCCCACAAAAGUAUGGCCUACUAUGAAGUAGAGAGACUGUUUUCAAGAGACCCUCGGCUCAGACAAAGCUUGCUUUGCAAUUUUUUAUUGCAAAAAACUGCUUCCAGGACUCAAACAGGUUUGAAAGAUCUCAUUUCGGGUCAUGUUUUUGCCCAUAUUUUUUCUCCCUAUGCUGCUCAGAGCUGCCCACCGGUGUCCAAAAACCAAGUUGUGGCCCACGAGUCCCGAGCUCGGUCUGAAAAAGUGGCAACAAAGGUUGGUUCUUAGCCGCGACAGACAAACGGAGAGUCGAACUCACGACAUCUAUUUCGGCAUUCGCGAGCACCGGCAGAAGAUAUGUUGGCCACUAAGGGGUGGUCCAAGAUCUGGUAAAAAGGAUGUAUA